AUGUGCUCUUUCUCUUCAGAACAGUCACCAACCCUUGUUUUUGCCGCUCGCCAACCAUGGCCAUCCAAGAGACAGCACAGGCACCUUCAAUUCAGCCUCCAUAAAAGAAGGAGAGCACAAUUGCAAGAGGCAAGACGAAGGAAAAGGAUGAUUGUCUUGAAGACAGAUAUUGAAAUGAGAAACUUGAAAUUGUACAUGGAGAACAAAACCAUCAUAGAGGAGAAUGAGAAGUUGAGGAAGCAAGCAUUGCUUCUUCACAAAGAGAAUCAGACUCUCAUAUCUCAACUUCAAAAGAAGCUUUCUCAAGAACAUAACAGCAAAACUAGUUACUAG